AUGAUCAAUAUUUUUUUCGUCUUUCUUAUACUGGUUCCUUGUGCAACUCCACUAAACUUCAGCUUCCCUGCUAUCACACGAGAGCUUAAAAAUGUCAAAAUAUUCACUGAUGGAAGUGCUAAUAUCUCAGGACAAGGCAUCCAAGUUACCCCAGAGGAGCGCAGCGAUGUGCAGCAGCAGAGAGUUGGUCGAGCCAGAUAUCAUGAACCUCUGCACCUUUUGGACAGUGCUGGAAAUCUGGCGGACUUCACCACCAAUUUCACCUUUGUCAUUGAUUCAGAAGGAAGUUCAGUCCACGCUGAUGGGUUUGCUUUCUUCCUUUUUCCCAAUGUUUCCGAUUUCAAUAAUAUCCUCAUCACACAAGGUGGUGCUCUUGGUCUUCCAAUCGACUCCAACACAAUCAACGCCAUCACCCCAUUCGUUGCUGUGGAGUUCGACACUCAUAAGAAUGAUUGGGACCCGUACAACGAGUCCUACACUCAUGUAGGUAUCAAUCUGGACUCUUUGAGAUCUGUUAACACUUCCAUAUGGUAUGGUAAUAUCACUCAAGGGGGAGAAAAUGAAGCUUGGAUUAGUUAUAAUUCUAACUUGAAAACUUUGAGUGUCGGCUUCACUAGUAUUGUAAAUAAUGCAAGAGUUCGACAAGAUAACCUUAGUUACAUUGUUGAUUUGCGUGACUACUUGCCAGAAUGGGUUGCUUUUGGCUUCUCAGCCUCCACCGGAGGGUUUUUCGAGAAACGUACCAUUAAGUCAUGGAGUUUCAGUUCAACAGAGCCAGCACCGAUGACACCGAGCCCCAGUCCGGGCCCCAAACCCAAAGGGAAGAAGGAAAACAAGACAGCACUAGUGGUGGGAUUAAGUGUUGGCUCAUGUGUUUUGGUUGGAGGAUUAAGUUCGAUUGCCACGUGCUUGUGGAAGAAAACCAAUAGAGGAAAAGACGAAGAUGCAUUUGUCUUUGAUCUAUCCAUGGAGGAUGAAUUCGAGAAGGACAUUGGACCAAAGAAGUUUUCCUACAGUGAAUUGGCUCAUUCAACAAAUAAUUUUUCAGAAGAAGAAAAGCUUGGAGAGGGAGGGUUUGGUGGGGUUUAUAGAGGUUUCUUGAGGGAGUUGGCUUCUUAUGUUGCUGUGAAGAGGGUGUCAAGAGGUUCUAAGCAAGGGCUCAAAGAGUAUAUAUCAGAAGUUAAGAUCAUUAGUAGAUUAAGGCAUAAGAACUUGGUGCAACUCAUUGGUUGGUGCCAUGAAAAAAAUGAGCUGCUGCUUGUUUACGAGUUCUUGCCAAAUGGGAGCUUAGAUUCCCAUCUUUUCAUAGGAAAAAGCUUAUUGACAUGGGCAAUGAGGUACAAAAUUGUCCACGGCUUAGCCUCUGCUUUGCUCUAUCUACAUGAAGAAUGGGAACAAUGCGUGCUGCAUAGAGAUAUUAAAUCAAGCAACAUUAUGUUGGAUUCAAAUUUCAAUGCCAAAGUUGGGGAUUUUGGGCUAGCUAGGCUUGUUAACCAUGAAAAAGGAUCGCAAACAACACUUUUGGCAGGGACAAUGGGCUAUAUGGAUCCUGAAUGUGUCAUUACAGGCAAGGCUAGUAAGGAAUCAGAUGUCUACAGCUUUGGAAUCGUUGUACUGGAAAUAGCAUGCGGAAGAAAACCCAUUGAUCUCAGGGCACCAGAAACUCAAUCAAGACUGGUGGAGUGGGUUUGGGACCUCUAUGGAACAGGAAAACUUCUUGAAGCAGCAGACCCCAAAUUAAAUACAGAUUUUGAUGAGCAAGAGAUGACGAAUUUGCUGAUUGUUGGGCUUUGGUGUGCUCAUCCUGAUUACAAUCGUAGGCCUUCAAUAAGACAGGUAAUUCAGGUGCUUAAUUAUGAAGCUCUGCUUCCCAUUCUUCCCUCAAAGAUGCCUGUGCCAACAUAUUUGACUCCUGAUCCGGUGACCACACCUACAUCUUCACUUUCAUUAUCCAGUAAUGCCAAUGUCUCAGAGAGUAGCCAAAUCCAUUAUUCAAGCCAUAGUUACAACACCAAUUCCUCAAAUUUGACCAUAGCAUCUGCAGCUUCCUCUCCAUCUACAUCACUUCUGCAUACAAGGUAAGUAGAUCUAAAGAAUAUCAAGUUUUAACUUCGUCAUGUAUUUAAGGUGUACUAAGAUCACUUAUUAUUUUUUUCUAUCAUUCUUAAGCAAUAGUCAUUAGUACUUCAAUCUUCUUGGUAAAUUUUUGGCAAAUUCUGGCAUGAUUAGAACUAUGAAAGUGUAGUGUAUCUACAAUUGUUGCGUAAAUGGGAUUUUAAAUAAAAGGGCACAUUUAUGGUCC